AUGAAAAAUGCGCUGGCUACAUGGAUUGAUGACGACCCCAAGCACAACCCCAAGACGUUGUUCAAGAUGCUCAAGGCAUCCAUUGGUCAAGAAAGAUUCGGUGGCAUGCCAUGUCCCACUUUGAAGCAAGUGCAGCAUGCAGUGCACUACAUGCGGUCCAAAGACCUUUUUCAGAAGAGCACCGUUCCUGCAGCGAUUGAAGAACUCAUGAAGUGGCGAAUCACCGACAACGUCGAAGACCACGUGGCGCAUAAACCAUUUGUGUUUGAUGUCGAGGAGGAAGCUGGUCGCUUCGCGCUUCGCGACGGUGGUAUGCAGGCAUUUCGCGUUGGAUUGUCAACAGUGGAACUCCUUCGAAAGUACCACGCUGUGGUCACAGCCAACCCAAUGAAGACCGUCAUAUGUCACAUGGACACGACAUUUUCGACGAACGUGCUGGGCUACCCCAUGUUUGUAUUUGGAUACUCCGACAUGGCGGGAUCAUUUCACCUUCUGUGCGUAUGCAUCACGUCGCAGCGGACCCACGCCGAUGUCGCGUGGCUACUGCGGUCACUCAAGGAGAAGUUCACAAGUCUCCUGAAUUAUGCAUGGGCGCCGACAAGACUUAUGGGUGAUGCAGACAAGGCACAAUUCCUAGGAAUGACCAACGCACCUUAUUGCUACGACAAACGCCAAUGCAUGACAAGCGAGGAGUGGACAAGUGUCACCUUUGACAUUUACCUGUUGCACAUGUCCACAAGUGAAGCCAAUUUGGUCAACAACAUGGACACAGCGCACGCAAACUGGAAAGGCAGCCGCACCCUACAAAAGUUCCGAACCUACUUUUUCAACACAUGGCUGCCGUACCACGCCGUGUAUUCAACAAAUUGUGGGCCGCGGUUUUGGAAGUGGCAAGUGUUUCACAGCCAUAGGGGGCUCGUACACCAACAACCCCAAUGA